GCCAAUUAAAGGGUUGCCCGUAGCCGGAUGCCUGUAUGGCGGCCUUACUGAUGCCACGGAGGAACAAAGGGAUGAGGACUCGCCUGGGAUGUCUGUCUCACAAAUCAGAUUCAUGUAGUGAUUUCACAGCUAUUCUUCCUGACAAGCCGAACCGGGCUCUCAAGAGGCUGUCCACAGAAGAAGCUACGAGGUGGGCAGAUUCAUUUGAUGUGCUCCUCUCCCAUAAGUAUGGAGUGGCGGCGUUCAGAGCUUUCCUAAAGACUGAGUUCAGUGAGGAGAACUUGGAAUUCUGGUUAGCCUGUGAGGAGUUCAAGAAGACUCGGUCGACCACCAAGCUGGUUUCCAAGGCUCACAGGAUCUUUGAGGAGUUCGUAGAUGUUCAGGCUCCUCGAGAGGUGAACAUAGACUUCCAGACUCGGGAAGAAACAAGGAAGAACAUGCAAGAACCUUCCUUAACGUGCUUUGACCAAGCCCAGGGGAAAGUGCACAGCCUCAUGGAGAAAGACUCUUACCCCCGGUUCCUGAGGUCCAAAAUGUACUUAGAUCUUCUGACUCAAAGCCAGAGGAGGCUCAGUUAGAGCUGAGAUGGGGACCCAUGGAAAUCACAGGCUUUCCCCUUCCCCCAGCUGCCAAGACCAUAUUCCAAUGUGAACCAUCAUCAGUGUUUAAACGCAGUGGAGUUUGGGGUGGGAGGCUGGGGGUGUGAGGAAGAGAGGAAGUGGGGCCACUUCCAACGUGUGACCCAGCCAUCAGGUAGAGGACUUUUAUUCCAUUUGCCUGGUCGUGUUUGUGUGCUGGUUAGUGGUAGCACUCACAGCUGUUACCCUUCUCUGGGUCAGCAGAUGGCCCUUCAUAAUGCCUUGGGUCAUUUCUGCUGAGAAGGCAGGUUUGCUAUGCUGGGCUAGUAUGUAAAUAAUGCAAAAGCAAUUCACUCCCCUCUCCCUCUCCCCCUGCCACCACAUUUUAUUCUCUGAUUUCUUAUUAGU